UUCGAUGGCAGCUUUUUCCGCACCGAGGUCUGAGUGUGGGAAGAAAAGAGAGAGAGAGAGAGAGAGAGAGAGAGAGAGAGAGAGAGAGAUGGUGAUAAGAGGAAAAGAAAGGAGGUAGGAAAUUAACAACGACGAGAUUCGGGUGUCUUAGGAAGGAAUGAUCGAUGACUGUGAUUGGAGUAGCCAUGGGGAAUAUAAAGAGACCUGCCCUUCUUCUUCUUCUUCCGCUUCUACUUCUCAUCCUAGUUUCUAUUCCCCAUAAAGUCCAAUCUACUGGUACCAAGGAUUCAGGCAAACUUAUGGGAGCAAUCCGAAGAUCAUCGGGAACAGGAAGUGGCGGACAUGGCGGUGGCAGCAGUGGUUCAGGCACUAGUGGCAAUGGUGCAACAGCCUCAGGUGGCCAUGGCUCCGGUGAAUCAUCUGGGGCAGUCCCAGUCGCAGGAGGUGGCGCAGUCGUCCCCCGAAAUGCGGGAGCUGCAGUCCACCACCGCAGGCACAAUGCUGCUGGUAGAAGCAGAAGCUUUAACUUCUUCCUCGCUGUCACUGUAAACACAAUCUUACUGGCUGCUGCUGUUCUGGCUUACUAAUUAGUUUGUGUGAACGUUUACAGAGAAAUAAGAUGCCUGGUUUUGUA